GUCAUAUAAAAUACGGUCAUAACAAAUGCAUGCAUGUUUCCUUUCAAAUGCUGCUUUUCUUUGGCUUCUUUAUGUUCUCAUAUCAGUGUUGUUCAUGAUAUAUUGUCCAAUGAUCAAUAAAAAAUUUGCAGAUUCCCAGCUUCCAGUGUACUAACGGUACAACUAGUAUUUUUUUAGUAAUAAUUUAUAUGAUUAUAAGGUGUGGCAAAGUAAUAGUCUUUGAUUUUAUAGUAUUUGAUUAAUGGGCUUGGAACUUGGAAGUUCUGAAACUUUGAAGAGCAUGUUGAAGUUCUGAAUUAUUAGUGUUUAAAAUAAGAAGAAGAAAGAAGGGAAAGUAAGACAUAAUAUUAAGAAAUUGAGGAAAAGAGGGUGGUGGGAGUUUGGAGUCAGAUAGUUGCUUGUGGGUAUCACUGGCUGUGGGUAUUAUUUUAGUGGUUUGAAUCUGUUGGCUAUGUCUCCUCCCUUCACUAAGUUAACCCGGAAUUCAUGGGGUUUGCCGCCGCACAGGGAAACAGGCACUUCUUGGGUUCUCAUGUCAUUUAAGAGAGCCUUUAAUUAAAAGUGACUUAAUCCCAUAUCCUUUUUUCUCUCUUUCCCGUUCACCAUUCUGCCUUAGUUUCUGCCAAGAUUCGGUCGCGCUGGCUGCAUAUGUUCUCCUCCUUAAGAUCUUCCGAUAUUUCGUUGAAAUUAGACCGUUCUGUUAAUUCUUGUUAUUUGGUCCCAUUCCUUGGGGGGUCUAAAUGUUCCAUUUUCAGGAAAUUUUUCGUGAUUGGUGUAAUAUAUAUCCUGCGUGAUUGCAAACGCAUUUGUAUUGUCUGGGAAUUGAUGUUCUAGGAUUGCAUUCGUUUUUACUGCGGAUACUACACUUUUGUGUAGAAGCCACGGCAGUUCAGAUCUUUAUUGACCAAGAUGAAGUUUAUGAAACUUGGAUCAAAGCCAGAUACAUUUCAAAGUGAAGACAAGCAUGUCAGGUAUGUGGCCUCAGAGCUGGCUUCUGACAUUGUUGUCAAUGUCGCAGAUGUGAAGUUUUAUCUGCACAAGUUCCCCCUGCUCUCCAAGAGUUCUCAGUUGCAAAAGUUGGUUUCAACAGCAAAUGAACAGAGCAGUGAUGAUGUGAUAAUCACAGACAUGCCGGGAGGGCCUGCUGCUUUUGAAAUUUGUGCCAAAUACUGUUAUGGAAUGGUUGUUACCUUAAAUGCUCACAACGUAAUUGCUGCUCGUUGUGCAGCCGAGUAUUUGGGGAUGCAUGAAACUAUGGAAAAAGGGAACCUUGCAUACAAAAUUGAUGUCUUCCUGAACUCUGUUAUUUUCCGGAGCUGGAAAGACUCUAUCAUAGUUCUGCAGACAACUAUGUCAAUGCUCCCAUGGUCUGAGGAUUUGAAGUUGAUCAGUCACUGUGUUGAGUCUAUUGCUUCGAGAGCAGUAGUUGACACUUCCAAGGUAGACUGGUCCUACACAUAUAACCGGAAGAAGCUUCCAGAGGAAAAUGGAACCGAUCCAAAUUGGAACGGAGUUAGAAACUACAAAGUAGUGCCAAACGACUGGUGGGUUGAGGACCUAUCUGAGCUUGAGGUUGAUUUAUAUAAGAGGGUUAUGGCUAGUAUCAAUAGCAAAGGCAUUAUUUGUGGUGAAGUGAUUGGAGAAUCUCUGAAAGCUUAUGCAUAUCGACAUUUUCCCGCUCUUAUCAAGGGUGUGACACGAUCUACAGAUAAGACAAACUAUCGAUCCACUGUUGAUACAAUCAUUUUUCUGCUUCCUGAUGAGAAAGGCUGUGUUUCAUGCAGUUUCUUGCUGAAAUUGUUAAAAGCAGCGAUAUUAGUGGACUCUGGUGAAGUGGCAAAAAAAGAGUUAAUCAAGAAAAUAGGACACCAACUAGAACAGGCCUCUGUCAGUGACCUUUUAAUGAAAGCACCUGAAGGAGAUACUUUGAUGUAUAAUGUCGAUGUUGUAUUGAACAUAGUGCACGAGUUUCUAAUUCGCGAUCAAAAUUCUGAAAUCAAAGCACUCGAAGCAGACGAGGGUCAGGAAAUUAAUCAACCUGGGAUAUUGUCUGAAGCGUCUAAGCUAAUGGUGGCCAAGUUAAUUGAUGGAUACCUUGCUGAAAUUGCAAGGGAUCAGAAUCUGCCUGCGUCAAAGUUUAUUGAACUCGCUGACAUGGUCUCGAGCAUUUCAAGGCCUGGACAUGAUGGGCUUUACCGUGCGAUUGAUAUGUACCUCAAGGAACAUCCUGGGAUUACCAAGAGUGAGAGAAAGAAGAUAUGUAAGCUCAUGGACUGUAAGAAGCUAUCAGUAGAUGCAUGCAUGCACGCUGUGCAGAAUGAAAGGCUCCCAUUGAGGGUAAUUGUCCAGGUGCUUUUCUUCGAGCAGGUUCGUGCUGCGGCUACAUCUGGGACCAGCACCCCUGACUUGCCAAAAAGCAUCCGAGACUUGAACUACGGGUCCCAAAGAAGCUCAAGAUCAACACCCAAUGCAGAUGAAGAUUGGGACGCAGUGGCUACAGCUGAGGAAUUGAAGGUUUUAAAGGGUGAGUUAGCCGCGUUGAAGUUGGAAAGGAAGAACAGUGAGAAAAUUGAAGGUAGACGUAGUGUUGACAAAGCUGCCUUCCAUAAGAUGAAAGGAGUGUUAAUGACAAAGAAGAUAUUUGCUAAGCUUUUGUCAAGUAAGCACGGUAAUGGCGAUACAAGUGGCUCAGAUUCAUCAGAAAGCCCUAGUUCUGCAAAUCCUGAAGAAGCUAAAUCUAUGUCUUCCACCCAUAGAAGAAUUUCAGUUUCUUAGUAUUGUUAUUAAUUUAUAGUCGUCUUGUUGGUCUAAUAAUCCUUUCAUAUUUUUCUAUUUUGUUGUAGCACUUCUGUUUCUAUUCUUCCUCUUAAAACAUUAGAUGUCAUAGAGUUAGUGGUUAUUCGUCGUCUUCAAGUAAAAAAAAGGUAAGCAUUUGUAUGGGACGUAUUGGAGAUAGAGAAAUAAUGAUAUUUCAAUUAUCAAACAUAGAUCCCCUGAAAAAAAAAAUCUAUAUAUAUAUCUAAAGUAGAAUCUUA